CACCUUAUUACUGUUAUUAUAUUAUUACUGCCUCCGCUUCCCCGUCCCGCGGGACCACCACCUACUGGAAACAGCGAUGGGGUCGGGUGCACUGCCAGAAGGGUGGCAGUGAAAGCAGAGGGUCUCGACGGACCAGACCCGGGCAGCAGAAGCUGGCUUUGGGGAUGUGGAAUGUCACCUCUCUGGGGGGGAAGGAGCCGGAGCUUGUGCGGGAGGUGGAGCGUUACCAGUUGGAUCUGGUGGGGCUCACCUCUACGCACAGCGUCGGCUCUGGAACCUUACUUCUGGAUAGGGGUUGGACUCUAUUCUUCUCCGGAGUUGCCCAAGGUGUGAGGCGCCGAGCGGGUGUGGGGAUACUCACAAGCCCCCGGUUGAGUGCCGCUUUGUUAGAGUUUACCCCAGUGGAGGAGAGGGUCGCCUGCGGGUUAUGGGGGGGGGGAACUCUGACUGUUGUGUGUGCUUAUGCACCAAACAGUAGUUCAGAGUAUUCGGCCUUCUUGGAGACCCUGAAAGAAGUCCUGUAUGGGGCUCCUGAAGGGGACACCUUAGUCUUGCUGGGAGACUUCAACGCACACGUGGGCAAUGAUGGAGACACUUGGAGGGGCGUGAUUGGGAGGAACGGCCCCCCUGAUCUGAACCGGAGUGGUGGUUUGUUACUGGACUUCUGUGCUCGUCAUGGAUUGGCCGUAACAAACACCAUGUUCGAACAUAAGGAUGCUCAUAAGUGUACGUGGUACCAGAGCACCCUAGGCAGAAGGUCCAUGAUCGAUUUUGUUAUCGUAUCAUCGGACCUGAGGCCGCAUGUUUGGACACUCGGGUGAAGAGAGGGGCGGAGUUGUCAACUGAUCACCAUCUGGUGGUGAGUUGAGUCGAGUGGCGGGGGGAAGCCUCUGGACAAACCUGGUAAGCCCAAACGUGUAGUGCUGGUGAACUGGGAACGUCUGGAGGAAUCCCAAGUCCAGGAGGCCUUCAACUCACACCUCCGGCGAAGCUUUUCAGGCAUCCCUGUGGAGGCUGAGGACAUUGAACCAGAGUGGGCGGUGUUCAAAGCCUCCAUUGCCGAAGCUGCGGCGGGGAGCUGUGGUCUCAAGGUCUUAGGUGCCUCAAGGGGCGGUAACUCUUGAACCUCCUGGUGGACACCGGGGGUCAGGGAAGCCGUCCGACUGAAGAAGGAGGCCUUCCGGGAUAUGUUAUCCCUGGGUACUCCUGACGCAGUUGCAAGGUAUCGACGGGCCCGAAGGGCAGCAGCCUCAGCCGUGGCCGAGGCAAAGCAGCGGGUGUGGGAGAAGUUCAGAGAAGCCAUGGAGAAGGACUCUCGGUCGGCACCAAAGUUGUUCUGGAAAACCUUCCGACACCUCAGGAGGGGGAAGCAGGGAACCAUCCAAGCUGUGUACAGUAAGGAUGGGACGCUGUUGACCUCAACUGAUAGUGUGUUAGGGCGGUGGAAGGAACACUUUGAGGAACUCCUGAACCCGACAACUCUGCCCUCUAUGUUAGAGGCGUAGCUGGAGUAUGAAGGGGGAUCAACUCCAAUCCCACGGGGGGAAGUCACUGAAGUAGUUAAACAGCUCCACAGUGGCAAAGCCCCGGGGGUGGAUGAGAUCCGCCCAGAAAUGCUGAAGGCUCUGGGUGUUGAGGGACUGUCAUGGUUGACACGUCUCAUCAACAUUGCGUAGAAGGCGGAAACAGUACCGAAGGAGUGGCAGACCGGGGUGGUGGUUCACCUUUAUAAAAAGGGGGGUCAGAGGGUGUGUGCCAAUUACAGAGGCAUCACAUUACUCAGCCUCCCCGGGAAAGUGCACUCUAAGGUGCUGGAAAGGAGGGUCCGGCCGAUUGUCGAACCUCAGAUUGAAGAGGAACAAUGCGGUUUUCGUCCUGGUCCUGGAACGACGGACUAGCUUUUCACUCUUGCAAGGAUCCUGGAGGGGGCCUGGGAGUACGCUCAUCCGGUCUACAUGUGCUUUGUGGAUUUGGAGAAGGCGUAUGACCGGGUUCCCAGGGAGAUACUGUGGGAGGUGCUGCGGGAGUAUGGGGUCUCUACUCAGGGCCAUCCAAUCUCUGUACUCCCAAAGCGAGAGCUGUGUCCGGGUCCUCGGCAGCACGUCGGACCGAUUUCUGGUGAGGGUUGGCCUCCGCCAGGGCUGCGCUUUGUCACCAAUCCUGUUUGUGAUAUUCAUGGACAGGAUUUCGAGGCGUAGUCGUGGGGGAGGGGGUCUGCAGUUCGGUGGGCUAAGGAUUGCACCACUGCUGUUUGCAGAUGAUGUGGUCCUAAUGGCUUCAUUGGUCUGUGACCUUCAGCACUCACUGGAUCGGUUUGCGGCCGAGUGUGAAGCGGCUGGGAUGAGGAUCAGCACCUCCAAAUCUAAGGCCAUGGUUCUCAGCAGGAAACCGAUGGACUGUCCACUCCAGGUAGGGAAUGAAGCCUCACCCCAAGUGAAGGAGUUCAAGUAUCUCGGGGUCUUGUUCUCGAGUGAGGGAACAAUGGAGCGUGAGAUGGGCCGGAGAAUCGGAGCAGCGGGAGCGGUACUGCAGUCGCUUUACCGCACCGUUGUGAGGAAAAGAGAGCUGAGCCAGAAGGCAAAUCUCUCUGUCUACCGGGCCAUCUUCAUUCCUACCCUCACCUAUGGUCAUGAAGGAUGGGUCAGGACCGAAAGAACGAGAUCGCGGAUACAAGCGGCCGAAAUGGGAUUUCUCCGCAGGGUGGCUGGCAUCUCCCUUAGGGAUAAGGGUGGACUACCUGAGCCAGAAGCUGUCCUCAGCAGCAGAGACAGACAGGCAGCCACUCAGAGAGCAGAUAGACAGUCUGGAGAGGGAGAUCGACCUGCUCAGAGGGAAGAAGGAGGAGGAGCUGAUUGGUGAUCGAUAUGAUGAACAUGAUUGGCAGAAAAUCUCCAACAUUGAUUUUGAAGGGACGAGGGACUCGGAGGACAUCCGAUGCUUCUGGCAGAACUUCCUGCACCCGUCGGUCAGUAAGGCUCCUUGGAGCAAGGACGAGGUGCAGCAACUGAGGGAGGUCAGCAGGAGACAUGAGGAGAGACACUGGGAGAGCAUCGCUGCAGAGCUGGGGGUGAGGAGGUGUCCAACAUGUCUGUCCCUACCUGUCUGUCUGUCUGACUGUCUCUACUUGUCUGUCUUUCAGACGGGGAGGACGGCCUUCCUGUGUCUCCAGACCUUUCAGCGGUUCGUCUCGGUCUCGUUCAAGCGAGGCGGCUGGACGCCGACAGAAGACGCUCAGCUCAGAGAACUCGUGGACAAGAUGAGGAUCGGAAACUUCAUCCCCUACACCCAGAUGAGUUACUUCAUGGAAGGCCGUGACCCGACUCAGCUGAACUACAGAUGGAACCAGGUUUUGGACCCGAGCCUGAAGAAAGGCUUCUGGACCAAAGAGGAGGAUAAGCUGUUGCUGGACGCCGUGUCCCGUCACGGGGAGAAAGACUGGUGGAAGAUCCGGCUGGAGGUUCCUGGACGCACCGACUCCAGCUGCAGAGACAGGUACCAUGACUGUCUGAAGGCGGAGGUGAAGAAAGGAGUGUUUGACCAAAAGGAGAAAGGUCUGCUGCUGAUGCUGGUGCACAAACAUGGAGUCGGGCGCUGGGCAAGGAUUGCAGCAGAGAUCCCUCAGCGGAACGACGCUCAGUGUAUGAGGGAGUGGAGGAAGUUGAGCAGAGCGGCACCUGUCUCUCUGCCGAAGGGAGGGAGCAGGAGCCGCAGAGGAGGCGCGCUGACACAGAAGGAGAAGGGGGCGCCGACCAGGAAAAGAAGAAGGAAGCGGUGGGUGAAAGUGAAGCAGGAGGAAGAGCUGAAAGAGGAGAGCAGUGAGGAGGAGGCGAUGGAGGUGCCGUACAAGGACAGUGAUGAAGAGGAGGAGGUGGUGAAGAAGAAGCAGCAGGAGUUGGUGUUGCGGUUUGAGGAAGAGGAGGAGGAGUUCAACCCCCCACCCAUGCAGGAGUGGAUCCCAGUAGAUAAAGCUUGCGCCUCCUCCCUCAAGUUUUUCCCGGUGGACCCUCCCCCACCCGGAGUUUCCCCCUGCCCGCUGUUCCGCUCCACGCUGUUGGGGCGGGGCUGCACCUCCUCAUGGUUGGGCCCCCGCCCUGCAGAGCGCCGCGGCUCCUCCUUGAUGAUGGUGUCGGAGGACCAGUUAAGAGCCCAGCUCCUCCUGCAGGCCGGACCCCCAGCCCUGAGGCUAAGUGCUGAGCUGCAGGCGGCGGUGUCUCCGUGGGUCGGGCACCUCCUGCUGCCUCAGAGGAGCUGCACCGCCCAGAGCCUGAGGAGGUGCCGCAUCCCCUCCUCCCCCCUCUUCUUGCUCCUCCUGCAGGUGAUGAGCGUGGAUGCCGCCGGCUGCAGGGAGGUGAUCCAGCAGAGGAGCAGUGGGGUGGUGUCGCUGGCCUCCCGCCCCCUCUCGGUGUCCGCGAUGCUGCAGCAGUUGAGGAGCAUCAAGGAGGAGCAGCAGGAGCUGGAGCUGCAGCAGAAACUGAUCUUGCAGGGACAUCGCCCCCCCAACACACAAACUCCCCCCUGGGUUCUCCUUACGAUGCCUCCUCGUGCUGCCUCCAUCCGGCCCCCCUGCAGUCUGAACUCCCCCUUACCUCUUUUCUCUGUGCUUCCGCUGCCCCUGAACGCCACAUCCUGCCCCGCCUCUCUCCUAGGACAAGCUGCAGAUUCUCCCCCCUGCCCAGCUCCCUCCCCCCCCACUGUUGGCAGCGGUGAGUGUGUGAAGACAGCAGGAGGGAGUCAGAAGACUGGAGCUCAGCAGGAGUCUGAAGACGGACAGGAAGCGGCUCCGCCCCCCUCCACACCAACCAAUGAGCACUCUUCUCCCUGUCCUCUACCUCCCACCCCCAUCGAUCAUGCCUACACGUCCUUUAUCCUCCCCCCCUGCUCAGUGAAACCAGGUGUGACCCCUCCGAGAGGGAAGAGGGUGAGAAACCUGACGCAGAGGGCCCUCGCUCUGCAGGAGGAAACUAGGGCCAAGGAUGAAGCCAGGAGGAAGAGGAGUGCUUCUUCUUCUCCUCAUAAGAAGCGCUCCCGCUCGUCUAAACAGGAAGUGGUUCAGGCCCUGCCGGUCCCCCCCCUCCCCCUCCAUCUGCAUUCGGGUCAGACAAUUUUGGGUUUGACCCCCGGUGGACCAACCCAUCCAGCACAGGCUGCGCAGCUAUCAGCGACACUGCCCCCCGGCCUGCAGCUCAUACAGGCCCGGCCCCCCGGCCUGCAGCUCAUACAGGCCCGGCCCCCCGGCCUGAGGCUCAUACAGGCCCGGCCCCCCGGCUUGCAGCUCAUACAGGCCCGGCCCCCCGGCCUGCAGCUCAUACAGGCCCGGCCCCCCGGCCUGCAGCUCAUACAGGCCCGGCCCCCCGGCCUGCAGCUCAUACAGGCCCCGCCCCCUGGCCUGCAGCUGGCGGUAGUACCAAGAGCACCUCGACCCCCCAGCAUUAACUCCCCCCGCCCUUUGCCUGCCCCGCCCACCUGUAAGCCCCUCCCUAACCACUUCCUUCCUUAUAAGGGCGUGGCCCCGGGGGCGCUGCAGUUCGACCCCUCCCUCAUGUUCCUGGAGUCACAGGAGGAGGUGCGGGUUUGGCUGAGUGGGCGGGGGGGCGUGGCAGUCCCUGGGGGGGGGGACCCCGCUUUGCCUUACCUGCCACCGUUCAUCAGCAGUCUGAGCACGCUCAGUGCGCUGCUGAGGGCCCGGAGCUCUCUGACCAGCACCUCUCUGCUGACCCGGGGGGCCAGACCUGAGAGCUCGGACGGGGAACCGGACUCCGCCCCCCCCCGCAGUGCCAUGCAGGACGCUGCAGCUCCCUCUGUCCCCCCCGACCUCUUACAGGAGGAGGCGGAGCUUGUAAAGGAGUCGGGGGCGGGGAAGGAGUCAGAGUUGGCAAAGGACGCGGAGCUUGUGGCAAUGACCCGUCAGCUGGUGGCGGAGCAUUUCUCAGGUAACCCCGCCUACCAGCUGCUGAAGGCACGCUUCCUGUCCUGCUUCACGGUGCCUGCCCUCCUCGCCAGCCUGCAGCCAAUAAGAAAGAGGACUACGGUGGAGGAAGAGGAGGAGGAGGAGAGAGAGGAGGAGGAGGUGGUAAAGAAGAUCAAAGCGAGAGGAAGACAGAGGAGAGGCAGAAGGUCUGUCCUGCUGUGUGAUGGGCCGGGAGCUCCAGCCAAUCACUUCUCGGGGAUCCAGACCGGUCCGGAGCUGGAGGACCCUGUCCACUGAACCUCACAGAUCAAGUGUCCUCAGUCCUUAGCUGAAGAGGACCCUGGGAACGGUCAGAAAAUAAAUAAGUUGGCAGUUUUAAGAUUGUAGGAUUUUUACUGAAGAACAGGACAGUCUGCGGUGCGUUCAGGAACAUCAGGAAACACAUGGAAAUGCAUCAAAAACCGUGGUGUUUACGUUUUAUACAGCUUCUGUAAAUCAAAGUUCGAAUGAGACAUUUUUCUGUAAUAAAGACAUGUGUGAAAUCAA